UUUAUUUUGAAGGCUGGCGCCGGAAGUCUUGUUUGAAACUGACAAGCAUGGAGGGGUUUCAUAAGGACAGAGAGGAGGUUAGCUAACACACACUCCGGCUCAGAGGAAAACAGAGGAGUCCGUUCGACUACAGUCAAAAAGAUUUGCCCCACCUUGGAGGGAUGCCUUUAGCCGGAGCAGAGUUGGUCCAGACGCCAGUGCACCUCUAUCGUUACCUCCUCAGAUGCUGCAGGCUUCUGCCGAGCAAUGCAAUGAGGAAGCAUUACCAGCACGCAAUAAGACAGGGAUACAACAGUCAUGCAGACGAAGAGGACCCCGAGAGGAUAAAAAUGAUCAUUGAAAGAGCUAUUGCAGACGCUGACUGGAUUCUUGAUAAAUACACAAAGAAGAAGUGAGAUGCAUAAACCACCAGGUGCAGAGGAGGUGCAUUGGCGCUGCUUUCUGCAAUGCUUCAUGUGACAUGAGUUGUUGCAAAUGCACUGUUGUACAUUUAUGUGUUAAGUAAAUUACAUUGUAUGUUAAAGCAGGUUUCAACACAGCUUAUUUUGCUGUCAAAUAGUGAAACAAUGAGCCUUGAAUACGUGUGGUGUUGUUCUUAAUGUGAUCUUUAAUGAUAAAGUGAUAAAGCCUUCUCUGAUGGUGAGGAAAAGUCCUCCGGUGAGUCACUGACAAGCCACAAAAUCCAAAUAAUUCAUGUUGAAAAAUAAACUGAAAACUUGACUUAAAGCCCAUGUAAGAAAGGCAUGGUAGAAUAUCAUCUGAGAGAAAUCAGCCCAAACAGUUGUGUACAUGGUUACAUGUUUGUUUGUUUGUUUGUUUUUUUUCCAGCCUGACCGGAGGCAGAUUUCCUGCAGCAUCCACUGAUUAGUCAAGACUUAAGCAAACCUCCAGUGUAUCAAUGGGCACUGCUUAGUUAAUCAACCUGGCUUCCAGAUAUUUUAAUGAGAUUUCUUGCUAUAACAGUCACUGAACCGCCAUAUAAAACUAUUAUUUGACUCCGCUGCUGUUACUGUAAGCUCUGAUUGAGUUGAAAUAAUGUCUUGAAUGCAAAAAAAAAAAAAAAAAAAAAAGCCAAAAAAAAGCCCAUUGUUGACAUGAAGACUCUGGUCAUUGUUGCACUUGAAGCUCAUGAAUUUUUUGUUAGUAUUUUUUGAAUAUGAAAAAAUGACUACUUGAUUCAUUAUAAAGCUUAAAUGUCACUGGAGUGAGAGGACCAAGGACUGUACUUUCUAAGAUUCAUCCAAUUAUUAAAGCUCAGUGUCAGCUCUGCAUCUCCCA